CGUUGACAAGUCGCUAGGAGAGCUCGAGCCGCUGCCUCUCCCAAACAGUUUCUCUCGCGCAUCCAGCGGAUUCGCAUCCACAGCACGGAGUAACAGUCGGCCGCGCGACGCUGAGGUACCGUGUGCCCACACAAGCUGCCAGUGAGCAGGGAGGACUAUGAGGGUGACACCUCCGCAGGACAAGAAGAUUUUAAUCUAGGCAGAUAGGACCAAAGACAGCUGUGGGCUACCCUGAGAUCAGACAGGAUGAGGACUUGGACUGUGUGCCUCUUAUGGGUGUGGGCGGCCCAGAGUGUAGACGCCAUGGCACUUUUAAAAGAAAGGACAGUUGGAGAAGAAGCAAGAGGAACGCAGAAAGAUAGAGAGAUUCUAAAACGCUCAAAAAGAGGUUGGAUGUGGAAGCAAUUCUUUCUCCAGGAGGAAUACACUGGCACAGAUUAUCAGUACAUUGGCAAGCUUCACUCUGAUAUGGAUCGAGGAGAUGGCACAGUGAUGUAUGUCCUCACAGGCGAAGGAGCCGGGACCAUCUUUGUGAUAGAUGCAAACUCGGGUGAUCUGCAUGCCACCAGGAGCUUGGACAGAGAGGAGAAGCCAUAUUACAGUCUGCGAGCACAGGCUGUCAACAAGAAAAACGGUAUCCCCUUGGAGCCGGAGACAGAGUUCAUUGUUAAACUACACGACAUCAACGACAAUGAGCCAAAGUUCGAGAAAGAGGUGUAUAUGGCCAGCGUUCCUGAGAGGUCACACAUCGGCACCUCUGUUAUUCAGGUAACGGCACAGGAUGCAGAUGAUGAAAUGUUUGGCAUGAGUGCAAAACUGGUCUACAGCAUCAGCCAGGGUCACCCAUACUUCAUGGUGGAGGCAAAUACAGGCAUAAUCCGGACAGCCCUGGGGCCCUCGGACAUGGACAGGGAGCAGAGGGAGCAUUACCAGGUGGUGAUUGAAGCCAAGGACAUGGCAGGCCAGAGGGGCGGCUUAACUGGCUCCACUACAGUCAAUAUCACCCUCACCGAUGUGAAUGAUAACCCUCCUCAAUUCUCACAAAGCAUCUACCAGUUCAGCAUCCCUGAGAUGACCGAGGCAGGGGCAGUGGUAGGUCGAGUCCAAGCUGUGGACGCCGACAUCGGCAGAAAUGCUGAGAUGCUCUUCACUCUGACCAGCGGGGAUGGCCUGGACAUGUUCGAUAUAACCACGGACAGAAACACCCAGGAAGGCAUCCUCACUGUGAAGAAGCCGCUCGACUACGAGAAAAAGAAAUCAUACACUCUGCAGAUCCAGGUACGCAACACCCACCCGGACCCGCGAUACGUAAGCCUGGACGCCAAAGACUCAGCCACAAUUAGGGUGGACGUGAAGGACGUGGAUGAGCCUCCCCGUUUCGAGCGCCCCAGCUACAUCUUGGAGGUGAAAGAAGACGCGGCGGUUGGCACUGCCAUUGGCUCCGUCAGCGCAACGGACCCCGAUGCUCGACGCAGCCCAGUCAAGUACACAAUUGAUCGUCACACGGACGUGGACCGGAUCUUUAACAUUCACGCUGGAAACGGGUCCAUAUACCUGAGGAAUCCUCUUGACCGCGAGAACCUGGCAUGGCACAACAUCUCCGUGAUUGCUGCAGAGUUCAAUAACCCCCAGCAGACGAGUCGAGUGCCUGUGUACAUCCGCGUGCUGGAUGUCAAUGAUAACGCUCCCACGCUGGCCUAUUUUUACGAGACCUUUGUGUGCGAAAAUGCUAAAGCAAAUCAGAAAAUUCAAACUAUAACAGCAGUGGAUGCAGAUGAGCCUUCAGGAGGGCAGCGCUACUUCUUCUCUCUGGCACUGGAGAGCUCUGUGAGAGCCAACUUCUCAGUGCGAGACAAUGGAGAUAACACCGCCAGCAUCUUCACCCGCAGAACAGGCUUCAGACGAUCACAGAAGAGCAUGCACCUGGUCUCUGUGGUGAUCUCGGAUGGGGACUUCCCGAUGCAGAGCAGCACAAGCACUUUGACCAUUCGGGUGUGCACCUGCAGCCGUGACGGGACCAUGGAGUUGUGUAACGCAGAAGCGCUGAGUGGCUCAGCUGGACUGAGCACCGGAGCACUUGUGGCCAUUCUUCUCUGUGUCCUCAUCCUGCUCUUGAUAGUGGUGUUGUUUGCUGCCCUGAAGCGGCAGAAGACGAAAGAGCCUCUGAUCAUCUCCAAGGAGGAUGUGAGGGACAACGUGGUCAGCUAUAAUGACGAAGGAGGCGGAGAGGAGGACACACAGGCUUUCGACAUCGGGGCUCUCCGCCACCCGGAGGUCAUGGAGGAGAGCAACAAGCUGAGGCGAGACAUCCUCCCCUCAGAGCCGCUGUACGCCCCACCCCCGCUGCGGCGGGCCACCAACGCACCGUCCCGCGACAACACCGACGUACGGGACUUCAUCAACCAGCGGGUACAGGAGAACGACGGCAGCCCGACAGCUCCCCCUUACGACUCGCUAGCCACCUACGCCUACGAGGGCAACGGCUCAGUGGCCGAGUCUCUGAGCUCUCUGGGCUCGGCUUCGUCAGAGGCAGCGCAGGACUACAACUACCUCAGCGACUGGGGGCCACGAUUCCGCAAAUUAGCUGACAUGUACGGGGGCGAGGACAGCGACUGGGACUGCUAACGGACAUCGCACCCUCUCUGGACUCACGCAAACCAGCUGCCUCUGAGGGAGGUGAAAUGCACAGCUGGAGAGCUGGAGUUAUUUACAAAGUGCCCUUCUCCUUUCCACCCAACUCCGUCCAGCAGACAGGCAAAUACCCAUCGGGCCCUGUUUGCUGACUGCCUUCUCUCUGCAAGGCAGACUGAUUAAGACAGAACAGACGGAGUUGGAAAUGACAAGGAACUCUGCAAUGCAGACUUUGCUUCUGCAUAUACUGCAUUAACUCUUCGGAGGGAAAGUUAUUGCGGCGAGGCAUAUUUUCGGAUAAUCCUGGGUUUUUUCUUUCUCUUUUUUUGAAAUACGUCUGGCCACAUUGCUUUUUUCCGUAUCGCUGAAAAUGUACUUUCAGCACAAGGCUGGCUAUCAGUUUCAGACCUCCUUUUUGAGAUUUUGAAAUGACAUUGCAAAUGGCAGUUUAUCAGCAGGAGAGUUGAGCGCCUGCAUCACUUGAAAAGCUUUUUUGAAGCCAGCAUGGUAUGAACUGCAAACUGAAGAGCCAGGACCAAACCCACUUACCUUCGUCUCCAUGAAUGUGUCUGGAACUAAAGCGAAAGUGGCCUCGGUCUACUCUCUGCUAUACUAGUGUGUGCGAAAGGCAGCUCAUUAUAAAACAGUGUCUUGACAGGUGUUAGCGACUGAGAUCACUGUUUCGCUGUUUACCAUCAAACCUUUUGUGUAUUUUCACUGUUUUUUUGGGUUUUGGGGGGUUACAUGUGCUACAGACCACAUUAAUCUGUUACCAUGCUCAAAGCAGACUCAGUGCUUUAAGAGUGGGGGGAGUGUUUAAUGAUUGGCACGGGUUUUCAUCAUCCGCUGGAAAAAGUGCCAGAAGCUUCCAAUUAUCUACUCUGUCAUAGGCACUAAAUGUGGUUUACUUGGAUUUAUGCUGCAUUUUGGCACUCGUUUGCCUGAACUUAGCACUACCCCACAUUUGUGUCUUCUCCCAUGAGAAGCAUAUUUAUAGUCACCUCAUGACUUGUGCUAAACUAAACAUUCCAUACAUUUGCCUCCCAGUGUUGUUUUUUAUGCUACAAGCGCUUACAUGUACAAGUAAAACAUCUCUUUUUUACUUAAAAGAUAAAGCUAUCAGAUGCAGAAUUCUCAACCCAAACAGGAAAAGUUCUGAGAUGAAUAUCAAUAUGUAUUGUUUCCAUAGGUUUUCAUACGUUUACAAAUCCAAAAAAAGGUUAAAAGCUAAAGCUUUAUUCAUGCCUGUAGGUCCUAAUACUAUCGUUUCCCUGCGAUACUCUGCUCCUAAAAGAACCCAUCAGAAGCCUUUGUAAGUAAUAAAAAAUACAGAAGAUUCAUUCCGUCACUGAAUGAUAAUCACGGCAGUCCAAUGCCGAGGUAUGACUGGGAUGUUAAAAUAAAUCACCGCCCUGCUAUUUUGCCCUCAGUGCCAGCCACAAAAUGAGUCUGGAAUUGCAUUCGGCGCCUCAGUUAUCAAGGGGAUGAAAAGAGGUUAUUUUUAAAAUAUACAUAUGAUUGAACUGGGCUCCAAGCAGCGGAAGGGCAGAUAAAUAUUUGUGUUUUAGGUGCACGCAGCAUACAGAUCUCACCUCCAGUAAUAUUCCCGUGCUUUUCGUCGGUGACAUACUGUAAAAUAAAGUAAUAAAUACAGAAAAAAGGAGAAAAAAAUAAAACGAUCCUAACUGAUGUUGUACAAAUGUGGUUCUAUGAAACAGUGCAUUGUUGCAGUGAUUUGGGAGAGUAGAAGGUGUUCAUGUACUACUUUGCUUUAAAUCCUGUGAUUCUUUUUGUACCAAAUAUUUAUAUGACAUAACUCGGUGACUAAUAUUCUUGGGAAAAUGUACGUCCAAUAUUAUCGUUUUAAAUGUGUUUUGCGGGUGUGAAACUUUCACAGUAAACCUGUUACAGUUCGUAUAUUGUACAGAUGGAUAACUUUCAUUACAAUAAAUGUUCUCUUUUACAGAAA